ACCAACCUCAUCAUCAUCUAGCUCCACACAAUUUUGAUACUAUUUCAUAUGGGUACUUUUGUGGUUGAGGACUUGGGAAAGAAAGAACCAGUAGUACUUAUGGAUAAUCAUCAUAAGCAGCACCAGCAGGGAACUCAGUCUUCUGCUGUGACCAAAAUUGAAAGAAGAAUUGUUGAGAAAAACAGAAGAAAUCAGAUGAAAGUCCUCUUUUCUAGGCUCAACUCUCUCCUCCCACCCGAAAAUUCCAAGGAGGCACUAACAUUGCCUGAUCAAGUGGACGAAGCCAUAAACUACAUAAAAAGCUUAGAGGCAAAUGUGAAGAAAAUCAAGGAAAAGAAGAAGAGCUUAAUGGGUAAAAAAAGAUCUUGUAGUUCGACUUUUCAAAACGACAACGUUAUGGGGAGCCUGAGAUCACCAAAGAUAGAAAUUCAUGAGAUGGGGUCGGUUCUUGAGAUAGUUCUCAUAACAGGCCAAGAUAAUCAGUUCAUUUUCUACGAGCUCAUUCGCAUACUUCAUGAAGAACGAGCUGAUGUCACAAAUGCCAAAUAUUCAGUCUUUGGUGACUCAAUUUUCCACGUAGUUCAUGCAGAGAUUGUGGAGUCUAUAUUUUCUUUUGGUGGUACGAAGAUAAGUGAGAGAGUGAGGAGAUUUGUGAGUGGAUCUUGUACUGAUGUAGAAUCAAAGGCAGAUCAAUGGUGGGAUGACUUUGAAAUCCAUCCUGAAAUGUUGGAGUUUUAAGUAUGUUAUAUUAAUCAUUACUAUAUUUUAUAUAUUUGGGCAAUAUGUAUACGUGCUUCAAAUAAGUUGUAUCGAUUCCCACAUAUAUAUUAUAUGUAAUUGGGUAUUUAUUGUAUCAAAUGCUAUGCUUUUAGGACUAUUGGAUAUUGAAUUUUUUCAACCGACUCAAUCCAAUUAACUACUGUUUCAACCGAUUUGAUACAAUCUAAUCCAAUCCAAUUAUCCAUUGGAUUGGAUUGGUUUUAUCCAUUGGAUAUGUCCCAUUGGUUAUAAAUUUGAUGAGAUUGGAUUCAUCCAA